AUCAUGGUGUUCAACACGAACUGUGUAGAGAAACCGAUCAAAUCUGGUCUCGAAAGAGUCGGCAGAUUCAUCGGUCAGCAUCCGUGGUGGUUCGUCAUCAUCCCGCUCAGUCUGUCUGCGACUCUAGGCGUCGGUUUCUACUUCAUCGAGGACAGAAAGACUAACGACAUUGUGCAGCAGUUCACACCCCAUAACGGGUACGCGAAGAUGGAGAAGCAUUUCUUCGAGACCUUCUUCCAAAGCAACAUUGAUAAAGAUUAUGAUGAUGACGACAGCGAAGACAACUUGUUUUCUGCUUUGAGGUUAACCACUGAAGGUACAUAUGCAUCCGCAAUUUUUACCAGUAGGACGGAUGUUCUUAGUGAAGACGCUUUGGAAGAGAUCCUGCUCGUGGACAACCACGUGAAAAGGAUGAGUGUGGAAUAUGACAGACUGAAGUUCUCCUAUAUCGAUGUUUGUGCUCGAGUGAAUAAGUCAUGUCAAGAGAACAUUCUUCUUAAGGUUUUGGACUAUAACGCAAGCAACAUCCAUGGGUUUAACCUGACUUUUCCUGUAUAUCAUGACCAAGCACUUGGUGAUGUUCAUCUGGAAAAUUCCGUUGGGCAGGUAGAAGUGGACAGGAACGGAUUUGUUCAGAGCGCCAAGGCAGUGAGGCUGAUUUACUACCUACGGCAAACGAACAGCAUGCUGGAGGAUGCUUGGUUGAAUGGAUUUGUGGAUUUGCUAAGCAACCAGUCGACAAACGUGACACAGGUGUCCUAUUUCACAUCCAUAUCAAGGCAACAGGAAUUUGAGAAGAGCACCGAGUCGGUCACACAGCUUUUUUCCAUCACCUACUUCAUUGCCAUUCUGUUUUCAGUCCUGUCAUGUGUAAGGCUUGACAAUGUGAGGAAUAAAGUGUGGAUGGCCUUCCUUGGAGUUCUCUCAACCGGACUGGCUGUGCUAUCUAGCUUUGGCUUGCUCUUGCUUAUGAACGUCCCAUUCGUCGUAACCGUAGCAUCUUCUCCGUUCCUGGUACUUGGUAUUGGCAUUGAUGACAUGUUUAUCAUGAUCUCUUGCUGGCAGCAUACCAACGUUCAAGACAGUGUAGCAGAGCGCAUGGCUGCCACCUACAGAGAAGCAGCCAUCUCGAUCACAAUCACGACUUUAACCGACGCAGUGUCUUUUUAUCUCAGUGUUAUGAGCCCCUUCGGUUCGGUGCAGUCGUUCUGCUUGUAUGCUGGGACAGCCAUCUUGUUCUGCUACCUCUACAACAUCACUUUCUUUGGCGCGUGUUUGGCAUUGAAUGGCAAAAGAGAGGAAAGCAAUCGGCAUUGGUUGACCUGUGUGAAAGUUCCAGAGGAAAGCCUUCCUGGAUCUUCGAAAGCUUACGUUGCCUGCUGUGUCGGAGGAGGCUACAACCACGAAACAGGAACGGAAGAGGAACACAUGAUGAAAUUGUUCUUCAGAAAGUACUACGGACCUAUUCUAACCACAGGUCUUGCCAAAGCAACGGUGGUUCUCCUUUAUAUCAGUUAUAUUUCCAUCAGUAUCUACGGAUGCACUGCGAUCAAAGAAGGGAUUGACCUGAAGAAUCUGGCGGUCGAUCAAUCAUACGUAAUAAAAUACUAUGAAGAUGAAAAGACGAACUUUGCCGAGUAUGGUCCGGUCGUCAUGAUUGCGAUCAAUGAGACGUUCCUGUAUUGGGACAAAGUACAAUGAGGUGAACUUGAAUCUUGCAUUUGGGAAUAUCAAGGUCUUCCUUUCAUUGGGAAUUUGUCCACUUCUUGGAUUCAUUCUUUUGAAGGUUAUGCCAUGCAAAAGCACCUCAGUAUCAGCUCAGAAGCUGACUUUAUGGAACAUCUGCACUCUUUUUUACAAGAUCAACCAAUGCUAAGGUUGGACAUCAACAUGACUGAUGAUAGAAUUCAAGCCUCGCGCCUAUUUCUCCAAACGGUUAACCUUCCAUCUGAGAAGAUCAUGCUAGAAACAUUGAGAAAAACUGCCCAAAAUUGCAAAAUCCCUUUAGUGCUUUACCAUCCUGCUUUUAUAUAUUAUGAUCAAUAUACCAUGAUUGCAAGCAGCACCAUUCAGACCAUCAGCAUAGCUUCUGCAGUGAUGCUUGUCAUCUCACUUAUACUCAUCCCAAGUCCGGUUUGUGCCUUAUGGGUCACUUUUGCCAUCGGAUCAGUCGUUGUAGGAGUCUCAGGCUUCAUGGCAUUGCUAGGUAUCAGCUUGGAUUCCAUUUCAAUGAUCAACCUGGUCAUUAGUAUCGGGUUCUCUGUGGAUUUCUCGGCUCAUAUCUCCUACACGUUUGUAUCCAGCGCCAAGCCUGGUGCGGACGAUAAAGCUAUGGAGGCGCUUUCCCAUCUGGGCUACCCCAUACUGCAGGGGGCGUUUUCAACAAUUCUCGGGGUAGCGGUGCUCUCUGCAUCAGUGAGCUACAUAUUCAGAACCUUCUUCACCAUCAUGUUUCUGGUCAUUUUGUUUGGUUUGCUUCAUGGCAUUGCUUUUAUCCCGGUGUUUUUAACCUUUUCUGGAUUUUGUGUCAAGUUUUAA